UUAAGACGCGCAUGGUCGUCAUAAACAAAGCACAAGAGAUGACCAUGGCCGCUCUCUCCGUGCUCAACUGCCUCCUCAAGACCGUUCAAGCAGCACGGGCUAACGACGACGCGCACGUGUGGAUGCCGGCCUCCUCCUUCCCCGACGAGCUCCGCGACCUUGGCGUCGCUGCGCUGAUCCGCGACGACGCCGAGGCCACGGCGCUCGCGUCCGCCGACUUUGGCAACGUGUCGGUCGCGCCGCCGCCGGCGGCUGUGCUCUAUCCCUCGUGCCCUGCUGAUAUCGCCGCGCUGCUGCGCGCCUCGUGCGCACGUCCGUCACCGUUCCCGGUGUCCGCCCGGGGAUGCGGCCACUCCGUCCGUGGCCAGGCGGGCGCGCCCGGCGGCGUCGUCGUUGACAUGCCGUCGCUCGGACAGCUCGGUGGAGGCUCCACUUCGGGCCGCCUCUCCGUGUCGGUCGAAGGCCAAUACAUAGACGCCGGAGGCGAGCAGCUGUGGGUGGACGUGCUGCACUCCGCGCUUGCGCACGGCCUAACGCCGCGUUCGUGGACCGACUACCUCCACCUCACCGUCGGUGGCACGCUCUCCAACGCCGGCAUCAGCGGCCAGGCCUUUCGCCACGGACCCCAGAUAUCCAACGUCCAAGAACUCGACGUCAUCACCGGAUCUGGGGAGAUGGUGACGUGUUCGAAGGAAAAGGACGGCGACCUGUUCGACGCCGUGCUGGGCGGGCUGGGGCAGUUCGGCGUCAUAACGCGGGCGCGCAUACCGCUCGUGCCAGCGCCGACGAGGGCGCGCUGGGUGCGCCUCCUGUACACGGGAGCCGCCGCACUCACCGGCGACCAGGAGCGCCUCAUAGACGUCGAGUGUGGCGGCACGGUGUCCGGGCUCAUGGACUACGUCGAGGGCACGGUCCUUGCGGACAAGGGCCUAAUCGGGAGCUGGCGCUCCCUGUCGCCUUCGUCAUCGUCUUCGUCCUUCUUCUCGGAGCCCGACGUCGCGGCGCGCGUCGCCAAGCUCGCGGAAGAGGCAGGCGGCGUCCUCUACUGCCUUGAGGGAGCGCUGUACUACGGCGGCGCAGCCGGCGGCGAGUCCGACGUUGAUAAGAAGCUGGAGGUACUGCUGCGGGAGCUGCGGUACGCGCGGGGCUUCGCGUCCGUGCAGGACGUGUCGUACGUGGGGUUCCUGGACCGUGUGCGCGACGGCGAGCUCAAGCUCCGCGCCGUCGGCCUGUGGGACGUGCCGCACCCCUGGCUCAACCUCUUCCUUCCGCGCUCCCGCGUCCUCGACUUCGCCGCCGGUGUUUUCCACGACAUCCUCCGCCGUGGCGCCACCGGUGCCAUGGGCCCCGUCCUCCUCUACCCCAUGAACCGGAACAGGUGGGACAGCGAGACGUCGGCGGUGUUCCCAGAGGAGGAGGAGGAGGUGUUUUACACAGUUGGGAUCCUCCGGUCGGCCGUGUCCGAUGGCGAUCUUGGGCGCCUGGAGGAGCAGAACGAGGAGAUCUUACGAUUCUGCGAGGAGGCCGGGAUAUCGUGCGUGCAGUACCUACCGUACUACGCCGACCAGACCGGUUGGCAGAAGAAGCACUUUGGUCCAGCCAAGUGGGCCAGAUUCAUGGAGCGGAAGAGAAAGUAUGAUCCCAAGGCGAUCCUCUCCCGUGGUCAGAGAAUUUUCACGGCCCCGCUGGCUUGAUCGCGAAGCACUCAUGCAUGCUUGCCCAGUUGCAUGGCCCCGUAUGCCCCGUCAAGAGAUGCGCAUUCUCGAGGAAAUGGUUUGAGUUUACAUCAUGUUAGAUGCUGGUCUAUUACUAAUUUUGCUGAUGAUAUUUCAUGGGAGGAGUUUGUGAUCAAACAUGAAUGUAAGAUAGUCUGCAUAAUGAAGCAUAUAAA